CUAACAAUUCAGAGGUGGUGAAAUUGACAUAUAAGAAGGCUGGAUUAUGGCGCCACAGUGCGCAAAAUAUGCCCUACAUUCUAGCUCCAGCGACUUUUGAUUGGUAACUACGUCCUUGAACCUUCUGUACACAGCUGAUCAUACUGGAGUUAGGCUCGACAGACUUCUUUUCAACGCACAGUACCUCAACACCAACAUACAUCGUCACAUUAUUUGCUAGCACAUGUGUCAACGACACACAAUAUCAAAUACAACUCCUAGAGACCAAGUUCCUUCGUAUUGCGACUCAUUUCUCCUAUAUCGCCCUUUUCCCUGAAACCACGAUACAAUAUCAUUACAAAUCACCGUAGCUUAUACACCGCAAAAGAGGUAGCUCAUCCAUCGUUGAAGGUGACGGCAGUUUAGUCUAGCUCAUCUUGAAGUGGGAUUUAUACCGACAUCCAUAUAUACAACAUAUAAUAAUUAUAUAUCCCUGAAUCACGCCGAAUUCUCAUAUCACUAAGUACUACCGGGGCGAGCCUCUUAGGCGCAGGCGGAAGCAACAAACACACCAUGGCAAACAUACCAUCAUUACCAUCAUUAGAGACACAGGCCAAAGUCUCAAGCGACGGUACACUACGAGCCCCAUUUCCCUUCCUAUCUCCCCCUCAUAUUUUCAGAAUUGCGCAGAUCGCUAACAUGACCUCCACCUCCAAAGCGGCCCAGGAUUUCGUAGACCACUACUAUGAAACCCUCAACAAGCGGCAGUCCCUGGCACCAUAUUACGCCAGCACGUCCACGCAUCUGACCAAUGCGUCUGUGAAGCCCGACAUCGGCAUUAACGGGCGCGUAGUGGAGUCGGUCGCUGCGUACGAGGCGCUGCUGGAUGCGCAAGGUGCGAAUGUGCACUACACCGUCUCAUCUUUCGAUGCGCAUCCCGUGAAUCCGAACUACGCGCUAGGAUGCCCUGAGAAUCUCGCGGUAGCUUUUGAAGGGAGUGAAGGAGGGGGGCCCGGCCGAGGGAAAGUAGCCAAGUCUAUCAAGGAUGGCGACCGGGUAAGCUUUGUGGUUCAAGUCAGCGGGACUAUUCAGUAUGGCAAGCCCAGCGAUACGCCUGUGCCUACGUCUACGCAGGUAGGAGCCGUGGUAGAAGCAGCACCGGCCGAGGUGGCAUUCAAUGAGUCCUGGCUUCUGGUCCCGCACUGGGAGGCAUUGGGUCGAAAUGCGGCGCGUGGGCUUAAGAAAUGGGUCGUCGUUAGUCAAAACUUCCGAGCUUUUUGAGGACUUUUAGCCGGAAGACACGAGAUUGCUAUAUCCUCGUAUACCCCAUAUUGGCUGUUUAUAUAUGAUUGAGGGAAAGGCCUAGGAUAUCACAUUUAGGAUUUGGGCAUGUUGGAUUGAGAUACCAGAAGAAUCAAGCGGAUGAUAGGCAAAAUAUGUACUAAAAGCACCCUUGGAUGAAAGAACCGCUUGUUGGCUGGGUUCGAUGGGUAACGGAGAGUCAUACCUCGACACUGGAGGAGAAGCCUGAAAAACGUGGUGUAGC